CAGACAGCCCCGGAAUGAGAGACCGUGGAUCCUACAGUGCAGUGUGCUUCCGAAUGGAUAUGGAGAAAAUGUAACGACGCGGCCGCUAGUCUCCUAUCUCUGUCUAACUGCUCCUCGAGAAUAAUGAUAUGAAGACAAUUAAUACAUAUUAUUGGACUUGAUUGGAGAACAACAACAACGACAAAAAGCAAUAACGACAAACAACAGAGCAAGGAUUGGCUCCCAGACAUCAGCGUCGCGCCAUGCAGUGAGUCGGACAUCGAGGCGGGUUGGCAUGGCCCAGUGAUGAACGGAGCUGCGGUGCCCGGCAGCCCGGAGUUCUCCUCCUCAUGCCCGCUGCCCGACUGGAGAGAGUUCUGCGAGCUCCAUGCCCGUGCCUCCGCCUCCGACUUUGCCCACAAGUUCCGCCGCUUCCUGACGGAGAACCCGUGCUACGACGCCCCGGGCGCCGACAGCAGCUUCUCGCAGCACUUCGCCAGACACUUCCUGGAGUGUUUCACCCAGGCCAGGGACCACCAGGCCUCGCUCUUGCCAGGGGACGACGACUCCAACGCUCCCCCCAAGUACAGCAUUGUUCCCUUCCUGGGCAUCCAGGGCUGCCUUCUGCCCUACGGACACAACGACCUCUAUCAGCGGCGCAAGGACGCCUCCAGCGAGUCCCUGGACAGUAUGGACAGUGGAGGUUUAGGAGUAGAAGGGAUAGGAGGAGGUAGUUCCUCCUCUAUGGCCACCUCCCGCACCCCUCAGCCCUCCCACAAACCCUCUGCUCUGGGCCAGUCACGCAGCUCAGAGGACGUGUCUGUGGGACACCCCAAGGCCCGCUUCAAGAAGGGAUUCUCUCUGAGGAACAUGAGUCUGUGUGUGGUGGACGGGGUGAAGGAGAUCUGGCACCGCCGCGCCUCCCCUGAACCAGACCCUGUGGUGGGGUCCGGAGGGGUCAGACGGGUCAACGGAGGAGGGGAGCCAGGGGGGGAGAGAUGGUCCCAGAGACUGCGUCUUCCCAGGGGGUCUCAGGGACACAAGGCUGAGCUGCUGGAGAUCCAGAGAGAGGGGGCUCUGCGUUACAUGGUGGCUGAUGAUACUAACUGUAUAGGGGUGCCUCAGUGGCAGAAGUGUAGGUUGCUGCUGAGGAAGACCAGGAGGGACGAAGGGGGUGACAAGUUCCUGUUGGAGUUCUACGUGCCACCCAAGUCAUCAAAGCCCAAGGUGAGCAUCCCUCUGUCUGCCAUUGUGGAGGUGAGGACCACCAUGCCCCUGGAGAUGCCUGACAGAGACAACACCUUCGUCCUGAAGGUGGAAAAUGGAGGUGAAUAUAUCCUGGAGACCAUCGACUCGCUGCAGAAAAACUCCUGGGUGUCUGACAUCCAGGACUGCAUGGACCCUGGGGACAGUGGAGAUGACAUUGAGCUGGCGUCAUGUCCCCACGGCCAGGCGUCUAAAGAGUUCUCCAUGGUGGCCUCCUGCAGCUGUGAGCUUCUGUCAGAAGGUGUCCCUGACAGAUCCUGUGGCUCAGCAGCACUGUAUAGCGCCCCCUCUGUCCACUGCAGAGAACUACCCUUCACCCAGCACCCUUCCCAUGUCCCCCUGGAGCGUUUCCUCCAGUGCCCAGAGGCCCAGGGGAAAAGCCCCGCCCCAGGGGUUUCAGGUGAGGGAGCGACCGAGGCGGAGGCUGACCCCAGCCUGGCAACCUACCCAUGGUUCCACGGGACGUUGUCACGCGUACGGGCGGCCCAACUGGUGCUGGCGGGCGGCGCUAGGAGCCACGGGCUGUUUGUGAUUCGCCAAAGCGAGACGCGGCCGGGGGAGUACGUCCUCACCUUUAAUUUCCAGGGCAAAGCUAAGCACCUGCGUCUGUCGGUGAAUGGUAACGGUCAGUGUCAUGUUCAUCAUCUGUGGUUCCACACCGUGUCAGAUAUGCUCAGGCACUUCCAUGCCCACCCCAUCCCUCUGGAGUCAGGGGGCUCCGCUGACAUCACACUGCGUUCCUACGUACAAGUACAGGGUACCCCCACAGACAGAUAUCCCGUCUCUCUCUAUUGCUCUCACACAGAUGUGACCGUGCCUCAGCUCCCAACCCCACCCAGGGACCAGGGCUGCCGUACUGACCCAGCCCAGCCAACCCUUCAUCUCCCUGGGGUCUCACAGCCAGCAGGGCCCCCCUCCGACACUCAGCUCUCCUCCAGCUCCUCAUCCUCACCAACCGCUCUUUCUUCCCUCUCCCGUGGUGAGCCAGGCAGCGGAGGAGGAGGAGGAGAAGAAGGAGGAGGGCUGGUUAGCAGGAGCAACAGCUCAGAACGUCUGUUAUAUCCCUCUAGUGGUGCCUCGGAGGACUACCAGGAGACAGACGGAACACGCAGGACCAGAGCUGUGGAGAACCAGUACUCCUUCUACUGAGACUGGGCACAACUAAACCCAGGAACUGUCAUUGGCUGAGACACAGGAAGUGCAGGGAUUUGGACCCAAUAGGUGAAAGGCCAUUGGAUGGCUGGGGAGUGCUGUGUGUGGAUGGA